AUGACCACGAACGGCGAGAGCCACGGUCACUGGUCAACGUCAGCACCGCCUCGAGGUCGCAACGAGGCGGAUGUCCAGCUGAACGAUCUGCUCCGGGAACGUGGCCUCUACUCGGAUGAGGACACUGCAGAGAGUUUCAAGCAGGGGAUUAUCCACCGAUCCCUAGAGAUUCUGUCGCAACAGCUGUACAGCACUGAGAAGAGACUCGCUUCAUCCCCGAGAUGA